CUCCUGACAAAUCUGGAGACCCGGCGAUGGAUUCCAGCACCCGUGCCCUCGUCUUGACCGUGACGCAGUACUGGAAGGGCUUCGACCUGGACAGCAAGCGCGUCAUGCUAGAUGCGCAAGGCGUGUCCAUGCAGGAACAGAAGGAGCACAGCCUAAAGUCUCGCAAGGCACUGGCCGAACACACCAAGAAGUUCCGCAAGUUAGUCGACACGGACAAAGUUGCCGCGAUGCCGUCGCUGCUCAAGGCGUACCAGGAAGAGAUCGACACACUGACGAAGCGCGCCAAGUACAGCGACAACUCGUUCUUUGCACUGUACAAGGCGUUGUACGAAGCCCCCGAUCCGGUUCCGGCGCUCGACGCGGCGCUCCUUCUUGAGUCCACCUCCCCCGCUCCUUCCUCGACCGACAAGACGCAAUCCAUUGAUCUCGUGGCCAAGUUACGUCGCGAACUCGCAUCCUACGAAUCCGAGUUCGCGUCGUUGAAGAACCAAGACAUUACGAUCCGCAACCUCGAAGCCAAGCUGGCGGCCAUGGAGGACAACAUGGAGCGUCACGUCGAGGACAAGGUCCACGCGCAAUGCAGCGACCUGGAAAACACCCUACGUCUCCGCGAAGCGGAUAUGGCCUUGCACGCAGCCCAAGCCGACAAGUGCCUCCAUCAAGCGCGGGAAGCCAGGGACGAUGCGCUGGCGCAGUUGGACCUCAUGCGAUCGGAGCUCUUCCGCGCCAAGCAACAUGCCGACCACGUCCACGCCGUCCAUGCCAGCGAGACGCAAAGUCUGCUCACGGACCUGUCUCGGUUCCAUGGGGUCGAGUUAGAAAACCAACGGCUCAAGGACCAACUGCGACGGAAUCGCCAUCCACUGACGUCCGAUACAAAUAGCUCCAGUAACCUUGCCUAUCAACAGAACACUGCGGUGUCGACGAUGCAGUGGGAGCUGGAAAUAGCGCAAAAAGAUGCAGUGAUCGCCCAACACGAGCGAGAGAUUCUCCGUCUGCAGGACACUAUGGCCGGUCAAACCAGUCACUGGACCGCCCAAGUGACAGCGUUACAGUGUCAAGUGACCGAGUUGAGUGACCGGCCGACCGUCGCCGCCUACGAGCAGGCUCUGCAGGCACACCAGCAAGUGGCGGGUCUCACGUCGGUGGAAGCGUCAUAUUCGACCGACAAGGGCUUAAAUGCGAUGAUUUCGGACCUGCAAGCCCAGCUAGUGGCUCAAAAACACGUGCAUGAGAGCACGGUCAAGCAGCUGGAGCUAGCCAACGCCGCCACCGUGAGCCGCCAUGUUAGUGUGAUUGCGCAGCUCGAGUCGGCGCUGGACGAGGCGCUGGAUACGACCACUCGAAAGGACAUGCCGUCGUCGAUUCUGGGCGACGUGCUGGGGAGCAGCAACCGCGAUAAAGAUGCUAAGUUGGUUGCAAUCGUUCGGCAGCAACGCGAUCGAGCCAAGGACAAGCUGAAACAUGUCGAGGCAGAGUGGCACCGGGCGGUGGCCGCAGCGCAAGCCGCGAGUACCCGGCUGCGGCAAUUGGAAGUGGAAAAUGUCGACUUGGUGCAAAAGAUGCGAUAUGUUAGUAGUAGCUCCAACCAGAGGGGAGACCUCGAGACUGGCAAACACUCGUCGAGCUUGUACGAAGCCCGAAUGAACCCGUUCGACCAGUUCAAGCAAAUGGAAAGUGCGGCGCGGGUGGCCCAGCUAAACCCCCUGGACAAGAUCAUGCUGGUCAGUGCGAGGCUCAUCCUCAGCCAUCCGUUUACAAGGAUGGGGCUGCUGGUGUACCUUGUGGUUCUCCAUUCACUGGUCAUGGGGACGUUGUAUCUGUCGAUGCACUUGUGUAACAUUAGCAACCACACGUAAAUCUAAACUUUAUAUCAGAGUAUUGUGCAUGUUUCACCCCAAUGAAUUUGGACGUGUGAAUCAUGUCGCCAA